AUGGAAGCAGGCCUCAACAUCGUGGAAACGAUUGUUAUUCUUUGGGCAGCAUGCGGUAUUCUCUCCGGCUGCUUCACUUGCAUGCCAACCAAGAAGCUUUGGAUACCCAUCACGCCAGGCGCAUGCAUGGAUCUCGGGAAAAACUACUACGGUCUUCAAAUCCCCAAUAUUGCCACCGAUGCUAUCAUUCUCGUGAUGCCCAUGCACACUAUCUAG